UUUUUAGAGAAAUUAUCAUAAAUUUAAAGCGAAUUACCAAAUUUAUAUGGAAUUUUCAAAUCUAGGUGAACAUUGCCAUUAUAAGUACUGCAGACAGCUAGACUAUCUGCCUUUUCAAUGUUAGUCCUGAAUGCACAAGUUCUGCAAGGACCAUCGCAGAUAUGAGGAUCAUGAGUGCACAGCUCCUCGUGAUGAUGGAAAAGUCAAGACUCAGGUCCUCAGUAUUGCUGAAAUUAAUAGAAGGAAGGAUAAGUGACAGGGGUGCAGGAAGAAGCUCACUGCUUUAAAUAAGACUAUUUGUGAGCAUUGAUCACUCCCAGUGUGCUUGAAACAUAGAUUUCAAUCUGAUCAUAAUUGUGUCGGGAAGAAAGCUUCAAGGAAGAAAUCAAAGAUUCUACAGCGGAAUUCUGGAAUUCAGAGAAGCUUAGAGGCUCAUAAGGAGGAGUCUAAAACUCAAGAAGUUGACAGUGAGUUCUUACCGAAUGGAAAAUGCCCAACUUGUGGAGAAGAAUUUGCUGACUUUGUGAAGUUAAUCAACCACUGUGAAGAACACUUACUUCAGGAAGUGUCAGUUCAUGCAGCUUGAGAAGAAGAAGAAUCAUGCCCAAUUUGACAAAAUAAGUAUCCAGUGUCAGAGCUGGUCUCUCACUGAGAGAUAGUGCAUGCUUUAGCUUAAGCUAGAGAAUUUCAACCAAAUUUAUAUGCUUAAAGACAAUUUCA